GCCACAGAUACUACUUACCUAGGUAUGUAUUUUGACUACUGGGUACGCCUCGCUACAAACACAAUUAUGAUAGGCGAUCAGAACAGCGCGCUAUGUUUAUGUGCGGGUAAGCUCUGCGGGAUUUCGAGGCAGUCGACAUGCCUCGGGAACCGUUGAAACGCAGUCUCAGUCUCACCGAUCUUCGGUUCACCCUUCGCCGGGUAUUUGGCAAGGAGGCCUUUCGCCCACUCCAGGAAGAUGUCAUCAGUGCAGUGCUUUCAGGACACGAUGUUUUUCUCUGUGCGGCGACCUCGUUCGGCAAGUCGCUGUGCUAUCAAUUGCCCGCGGUCGUCUCGUUGGGGGUCACCGUGGUGAUCUCACCCCUUCUGGCUCUGAUGCACAAUCAAGUGCAAUCUGCACAAGCACUCGGAAUUGCAGUCGAGUCGAUCAACGGCAAGACGCCACGCGCAGAAAAGGUCCGGAUCGAGACCGAUCUAUUGUGCGGCCACCCAUCAACCAAGUUGCUCUACGUGACGCCGGAACUCUGCGCCACGGACCAUUUCCGGAAACUGAUCCUCAAGGUCCAUCGUCAGGGGCAACUCGUGCGUAUCGCCGUCGACGAGGCGCAUUGCAUCAGCGAAUGGGGUCACGACUUCCGGCCAACGUACAAGGAGUUGAAAUGGCUCAAAUCGGCGCUCAAUUGCCCUUCUGUACCUGUGAUAGCCGUGACCGCCACGGCCACGCCGCAGGUCCGCGACGACAUAUUCAAGUUUCUGGGCAUGGAGGAUGGGACAACCCGAUGCUUCUCGACCUCAGCGGCACGUCCCAACAUUCACUAUGAGGUGCAGUAUUUCUCCGAGUCGAACCCGGAAAACGGCGAGAACGACAUGCUGCCUUACCUCAUGGCUAGAUUGGAGUUCAUGCAUCAAAGGCGACUAGCUCGACUAAGGUCUCUCCAGCAGACCGAAGACGCUGCUGUUGCUGUUGCCGCCAUGGCCCCCAUCAGUGGAAUCAUCUAUGUCUCGCUUCGCUCAACGGCAGAUUGGCUGGCGUCGAAACUGAGCGCAGCGGGCAUACGAGCUCAGCCAUACCACGCAGGACUGGAAGACGAAAAACGCAAACAGACUCAAACCAGUUUCCUGCGAUAUGCCACGGGCGACCCUCGUUUGCUACAGGCGGAGGUCGAUCAGAACAGUCUCAUGGCUUCCUUUAAUAUUAUUUGUGCCACCACCGCCUUCGGCAUGGGCAUCGACGUCCCCACCAUCCGCUUCGUGAUCCACUAUGGACUGCCACGGGGCAUGGAGUCGUUUACCCAGGAGUCUGGACGGGCCGGUCGAGACAACAAGGCCGCAGCCAGCAUUAUCUUCUACACUCGCGAGGACAAGGAGCGGUGCGAAUUCCGCGCCAGAUCCGACGCCAACCGUGAGAAGAGCAAGGCGAAAACCGAGGCGAGGAUGCAGUCCUUGAAGAGUAUUGUGGAAUUCUGCGAGAGUACUGAGGUUUGUCGACAUCACCUUGUGUCGCGUUACUUUGGAGACAAGACGGGUUCGGCCGAAUGCUACUUUGCCUGUGAUGUGUGCAAGGAAGGGCCGGACAAGUUGAAGAAACGCAAGGAGCGAGGGCUGGCGACUGAGACCGAGGCGUUCGAGUUCACUCAGCGUGAGCCGAUCAUGAAUUACGAUUGGGACUAAAUGAGAUCAAGACCAAUGACCGAGAUUGACCGAGAUACCCCUGCAUGAAAAGGCGCAGGAAAUGGAAUGGAACGGAGUAAUGCGAAAAUACCUUAAUUGUCGCCAAACACUGUACGGAACGGACACUUUUGAAUAGGGCAAACCAACAAAGAAAAGACCAUGUAUAGGCGCCGACGGUCUAGAUCAGAUGCGAGCUCUAGCUAUGUUUUUACAUUAUAAUAUCCUCCUGAAAGGUCGACCAACCAUCCUUUCUCCACCUUGCUCAGGUCUUUGAUGUACACUUUCCCGCCAGUCUCGAGGACCUCAUGAAACACAACAUAGUCGGCCUUCCGGUUGAACAACAGACUCGUAGGGUGUGCGUACAUGGUGACGUUGCCGGACACGGAGCGGAAACUACCAUCUGGCUGCAUUUUGGCUGCCUGGGAGAAGUAACCCGUCACCAGACAUUUGAGGAUAUUUGUGGCUUUAUCUGCUGUAGACAAGGGCU